CCGCCUCCCCGCCGGCGCACGCGCGCCCCGCCCUGCUCGCCUUCCCUCCCGAGCCCUGCCCUCUCCUUUCUCCCUCUCAGAACCUUCCUGUCGCUGCGUUUAGACCGCGCUGCUCCAGCCUCCGGGGCAAGUGUUAUUCUACCAGCCUGUGAGCAGCAGCAGAGAAAAAAAAUUACAUUUUUUCUUGCCCCAUUGUUUUUGAGGCGAGCAAAAAUUUUUAAUUUGAACCAUGAGGGAAAUCGUGCACAUCCAGGCGGGUCAGUGUGGCAACCAGAUCGGUGCCAAGUUCUGGGAGGUGAUCAGUGAUGAACAUGGCAUUGACCCUACUGGCACCUACCACGGGGACAGCGACCUGCAGCUGGAUCGAAUCUCCGUGUAUUACAAUGAAGCCACAGGUGGAAAAUAUGUUCCUCGAGCUAUCUUGGUGGAUUUAGAACCUGGUACCAUGGACUCUGUUCGCUCAGGUCCUUUUGGCCAGAUCUUCAGACCAGACAACUUUGUUUUUGGUCAGUCUGGGGCAGGCAACAACUGGGCCAAGGGCCACUAUACAGAGGGGGCUGAGCUGGUUGACUCAGUCCUGGAUGUGGUGCGGAAGGAGGCUGAGAGCUGUGACUGCCUGCAGGGCUUCCAGCUGACCCACUCACUGGGUGGGGGCACAGGCUCUGGAAUGGGCACCUUGCUCAUCAGCAAGAUCCGUGAGGAGUAUCCUGAUCGCAUUAUGAACACCUUCAGUGUUGUACCUUCACCCAAAGUGUCUGACACUGUGGUUGAGCCCUACAACGCCACCCUCUCUGUCCAUCAGUUGGUAGAGAAUACUGAUGAGACCUACUGCAUUGAUAAUGAGGCUCUUUAUGACAUCUGCUUCCGCACCCUCAAGCUGACCACGCCAACCUAUGGGGAUCUGAACCACCUUGUCUCGGCCACCAUGAGUGGGGUCACCACCUGCCUCCGCUUCCCUGGCCAGCUCAAUGCUGACCUUCGUAAGCUGGCAGUCAACAUGGUCCCCUUCCCACGCCUCCACUUCUUCAUGCCUGGCUUUGCCCCUCUAACCAGCCGUGGAAGCCAGCAGUAUCGGGCUCUCACUGUACCAGAACUCACCCAGCAGGUAUUUGAUGCCAAGAACAUGAUGGCUGCCUGUGACCCCCGCCAUGGCCGGUACCUCACCGUGGCUGCUGUCUUCCGUGGGCGGAUGUCCAUGAAGGAGGUGGAUGAGCAGAUGCUCAAUGUGCAAAACAAGAAUAGCAGCUACUUUGUGGAGUGGAUCCCCAACAAUGUCAAGACAGCUGUCUGCGAUAUCCCACCCCGUGGCCUGAAGAUGGCAGUCACCUUCAUUGGCAACAGCACGGCUAUCCAGGAGCUGUUCAAGCGCAUCUCAGAGCAGUUCACAGCCAUGUUCCGCCGGAAGGCUUUCCUGCACUGGUACACGGGUGAAGGCAUGGACGAGAUGGAGUUCACCGAGGCUGAGAGCAACAUGAAUGACCUUGUCUCCGAGUACCAGCAAUACCAGGACGCCACCGCAGAAGAGGAGGAGGAUUUCGGUGAGGAGGCGGAAGAGGAGGCUUAAGGCCACAUCCAUCACUCAGGCUUCUCAAUUCCUUUAGCCUUUGUCCUCAACUGCCCCUUUACUCUCCCUCAGAAUUUGCAUCUUCUGCCUCUUUUAUUCUUUUAGGGGUGUUCUAGAACAGUGCUUGGCACAUCAUAGGCACUCAAUAAAUAUUCGUUGCUUGUUGAAUGUCUCCUCUCUCUUUCCACUCUGGGAAACUUACAUUUCUGCCAUUUUGGGUAAUCUUGUAUUUCUUUCUGGUACCCAUUCCUCCCAUCUGUCCAGUUAAUAUUCUCCUCUCUUCAAGAUAAUUCUCCAAGAAACUGAAUCUCAUCCAGAUCCCAUUUAGGACUGUGUGCUGAAAAAUACCAUCCUAAGCCCAUGUGGUUGCUGAGCGGAAAGGGACUGGUGCUAACUCUAGCAGGUAGAAGUCCCUUACAGGCAAGGGGUGGGGUUUCCCAUUCUAGAGCAGUUUUGGAGAGGGAUUUGGGCUGUUAUAGUUUCUAGGUAUUAUUCCCUGCUCCUCCGCCCUCAGCGUUGGGAAAGGUAUGAACAGUAUUAACUCAAUUUUCAGUCUCUUAAGCUUUGUUCUGAGUUAUUUCCUUUGUAGGGGUUCUCUGUCCACUUGACGGAGAACAGUCUGUCUUUCCUCUUCCACUUUACCUCUCACAUUAAUUGCAUCCUUUCUCUGGAUAGAGGAGGUAAAGGGGGAAGAGUGACUAGCCUUGAUCCCUAAGCCUCCAGAAAGGCCCUCCCCAUCUUGACCAUUUCUUACCC